AUGGCUAUGAGCACUAGUUGUUCAGAGAAUGGUGAGGAAGCUGAAAAAAUCAAGGAGUUGGUAAAAGAAUCAUUUGAGUUGGCUGCAAAGGUUUGUUUUGGGGAUGUGUUGGGCCCACUGAAGAGGUUGGGUUUCUGGGUUGAUGGGAAGCAGCUCAUGGAUGUGACCAUGGGUAUGAUAAACUUCUGGAGGGUGAAGCAGCAUGAAGAGAGAGCAGAGAGAGAGGGUUGGGAUAGAGAAGAUAAAGAUUUGAUGGAUAUACUAUUGAAGGCCUAUGUUUGGAUAUACAACGUUCAUGGAUACAUCUACCUCGAGCCGGUAUGA